AUGACACAGUUGAAGUGCGACCACCAUGGUGUGCCAGGAACUUGCACAUUUAACUGUGCCUUUUGGGCUUUUGGUCCAUGUAUUAAAGGGUUCAAGUAUUACAGGCUGGUGAUAAGCCUCGAUGCAACGCACCCCUAUGGCAAGCACAAGGGGAAGUUAUUGAUAGCAAUGGCAACGGAUGCUAACAACGAGGUUUAUCCACUCGCGUUUGCCAUUUUUGAAAGUGAGAGCAAGGAGACAUGGGGAUGGAUCUUGGCUUGCCUGAAACGAUUUGUUACGAACCAGACCAAUCUUUGCAUCAUCUCUGACCAACAUUCGGGGAUAAAAACCUACUUUGAUGACACAAGGAUGACUUGGUUGCAGCCUCCCCAGGCCUAUCACCGGUACUGCCUCCGCCAUGUAGCUAUCAAUGUUAACACAAAAUGGAAAACUCCGGACUUAAAGAACUUGGUAUGGAAGGCAGCAAGUGCGAAUCAAGUUAGAAAGUUUGAAGCCACACUAGAAUUAAUUCGAAAUGUCAAACCGGCUACACACAGGUACCUCGAAGCUGAAAACAAAGAAAAGUGGACACUUGCACAUGACGGAGGGCGUCGAUAUGGAGCAAUGACAACCAACCUAUCAGAGUGCUUUAAUGGAGUAAUGAAAGGUGCACGCAGCUUGCCAAUAACGGCAAUGGUGAGGUUCACCUUUCUCAAAGUGAACUCGUACUUUGUCGCUCGUUGUAAUCUCACUCUAGAUCAGUUGGAAGUGGGUCAAGAAUGGUGCAAGUAUGCCAUGGACAAGUUCAAAAAAAAUCAAGCGAAGGCAAAGGACCAUAUGGUGACACGGAUGUGCACACAAGCGCGGUUAUAUCAAGUUGACACACCGGGUAAUCCUCUAAGUAAUGGGGGCGGACAACACACGCACAAGGUUGAUCUUCAGGGUAUGACAUGCAUAUGUGGGAAAUGGGAAGCGUACAAGAUCCCGUGUUCACACGUAACAGCAAUUUAUGCUAAGUUUAAGAACGAUGCGCAGCAGUUUAUUGAUCCUUGCUAUAGCAUGACUCAUAGGUAA